AUGGAGGUACCAGCGGUAGGAAAAGACCAGGGGAACAAGAUGGGAGGCACAAGGGGGCGGAGAGGAAAGGGAUACCAUGGGGAAGGAGGUACCACGGGGAAGGAGGUACCAUGGGGAAGGAGGUACCAUGGGGAAGGGGGUACCAUGGGGAAGGAGAUACAAUGGGGAAGGAGGUACCAUGGGGAAGGAGGUACCAUGGGGAAGGAGGUACCAUGGGGAAGGAGGUACCAUGGGGAAGGAGGUACCAUGGGGAAGGAGGUACCAUGGGGAAGGAGGUACCAUGGGGAAGGAGGUACCAUGGAGAAGGAGGUACCAUGGGGAAGGAGGUACCAUGGGGAAGGAGAUACCAUGGGGAAGGAGGUACCAUGGGGAAGGAGGUACCAUGGGGAAGGAGGUACCAUGGGGAAGGAGGUACCAUGGGGAAGGAGGUACCAUGGGGAAGGAGGUACCAUGGGGAAGGAGGUACCAUGGGGAAGGAGGUACCAUGGGGAAGGAGGUACCAUGGGGAAGGAGGUACCAUGGGGAAGGAGGUACCAUGGGGAAGGAGGUACCAUGGGGAAGGAGAUACCAUGGGGAAGGAGGUACCAUGGGGAAGGAGGAGGUACCAUGGGGAAGGAGGUACCAUGGGGAAGGAGGUACCAUGGGGAAGGAGGUACCAUGGGGAAGGAGGUACCAUGGGGAAGGAGAUACCAUGGGGAAGGAGGUACCAUGGGGAAGGAGGUACCAUGGGGAAGGAGAUACCAUGGGGAAGGAGGUACCAUGGGGAAGGGGGUACCAUGGGGAAGGGGGUACCAUGGGGAAGGAGGUACCAUGGGGAAGGAGGUACCAUGGGGAAGGAGGUACCAUGGGGAAGGUGAUACCAUGGCGAAGGAGGUACCAUGGGGAAGGAGGUACCAUGGGGAAGGAGGUACCAUGGGGAAGGAGGUACCAUGGGGAAGGAGGUACCAUGGGGAAGGAGGUACCAUGGGGAAGGAGAUACCAUGGGGAAGGAGGUAUUAUGGGGAAGGUGGUACCAUGGGGAAGGAGGUACCAUGGGGAAGGAGGUACCGUGGGGAAGGAGAUACCAAGGGGAAGGAGAUACCAUGGGGAAGGAGAUACCAUGGGGAAGGAGAUACCAUGGGGAAGGAGGUACCAUGGGGAAGGGGGUACCAUGAGGAAGGAGAUACAAUGGGGAAGGAGGUACCAUGGGGAAGGAGGUACCAUGGGGAAGGAGGUACCAUGGGGAAGGAGGUACCAUGGGGAAGGAGGUACCAUGGGGAAGGAGGUACCAUGGGGAAGGAGAUACCAUGGGGAAGGAGAUACCAUGGGGAAGGAGGUACCAUGGGGAAGGAGGUACCAUGGGGAAGGAGAUACCAUGGGGAAGGAGAUACCAUGGGGAAGGAGGUACCAUGGGGAAGGAGGUACCAUGGGGAAGGAGGUACCAUGGGGAAGGAGGUACCAUGGGGAAGGAGGUACCAUGGGGAAGGAGGUACCAUGGGGAAGGAGAUACCAUGGGGAAGGAGAUACCAUGGGGAAGGAGGUACCAUUGGGAAGGAGAUACCAUGGGGAACGAGGUACCAUGGGGAAGGAGGUACCAUGGGGAAGGAGGUACCAUGGGGAAGGAGAUACCAUGGGGAAGGAGAUACCAUGGGGAAGGAGGUACCAUGGGGAAGGAGGUACCAUGGGAAAGGAGAUACCAUGGUGAAGGAGGUACCAUGGGGAAGGAGGUACCAUGGGGAAGGAGGUACGAUGGGGAAGGAGAUACCAUGGGGAAGGAGGUACCAUGGGGAAGGAGGUACAAUGGGGAAGGAGGUACCAUGGGGAAGGAGGUACCAUGGGGAAGGAGAUACCAUGGGGAAGAAGAUACCAUGGGGAAGGAGGUACCAUGGGGAAGGAGAUACCAUGGGGAAGGAGGUAUCAUGGGGAAGGAGGUACCAUGGGGAAGGAGGUACCAUGGGGAAGGAGAUACCAUGGGGAAGGAGCUACCAUGGGGAAGGGGGUACCAUGGGGAAGGGGGUACCAUGGGGAAGGAGGUACCAUGGGGAAGGGUACCAUGGGGAAGGAGGUACCAUGGGGAAGGAGGUACCAUGGGGAAGGAGGUACCUGGGGAAGGAGGUACCAUGGGGAAGGAGAUACCAUGGGGAAGGAGAUACCAUGGGGAAGGAGAUACCAUGGGGAAGGAGGUACCAUGGGAAAGGAGGUACCGUGGGGAAGGAGGUACCAUGGGGAAGGAGGUACCAUGGGGAAGGAGAUACCAUGGGGAAGAAGAUACCAUGGGGAAGGAGGUACCAUGGGGAAGGAGGUACCAUGGGGAAGGAGGUACGAUGGGGAAGGAGGUACCAUGGGGAAGGAGGUACCAUGGGGAAGGAGGUACCAUGGGGAGGAGGUACCAUGGGGAAGGAGGUACCAUGGGGAAGGAGAUACCAUGGGGAAGAAGAUACCAUGGGGAAGGAGGUACCAUGGGGAAGGAGAUACCAUGGGGAAGGAGGUACCAUGGGGAAGGAGGUACCAUGGGGAAGGAGGUACCAUAAGGAAGGAGAUACCAUGGGGAAGGAGAUACCAUGGGGAAGGAGGUACCAUGGGGAAGGAGGUACCAUGGGGAAGGAGGUACCAUGGGGAAGGAGGUACCAUGGGGAAGGAGGUACCAUGGGGAAGGAGAUACCAUGGGGAAGGAGAUACCAUGGGGAAGGAGGUACCAUGGGGAAGGAGGUACCAUGGGGAAGGAGAUACCAUGGGGAAGGAGCUACCAUGGGGAAGGGGGUACCAUGGGGAAGGAGGUACCAUGGGAAAGGAGAUACCAUGAGGAAGGAGGUACGAUGGGGAAGGAGAUACCAUGGGGAAGGAGGUACCAUGGGGAAGGAGGUACCAUGGGGAAGGAGGUACCAUGGGGAAGGAGGUACCAUGGGGAAGGAGAUACCAUGGGGAAGGAGAUACCAUGGGGAAGGAGGUACCAUGGGGAAGGAGGUACCAUGGGGAAGGAGGUACCAUGGGGAAGGAGGUACCAUGGGGAAGGAGGUACCAUGGGGAAGGAGGUACCAUGGGGAAGGAGAUACCAUGGGGAAGGAGAUACCAUGGGGAAGGAGGUACCAUGGGGAAGGAGAUACCAUGGGGAAGGAGGUACCAUGGGGAAGGAGGUACCAUGGGGAAGGAGGUACCAUGGGGAAGGAGAUACCAUGGGGAAGGAGAUACCAUGGGGAAGGAGGUACCAUGGGGAAGGAGGUACCAUGGGGAAGGAGAUACCAUGGGGAAGGAGCUACCAUGGGGAAGGGGGUACCAUGGGGAAGGGGGUACCAUGGGGAAGGAGGUACCAUGGGGAAGGAGGUACCAUGGGGAAGGAGGUACCAUGGGGAAGGAGGUACCAUGGGGAAGGAGGUACCAUGGGGAAGGAGGUACCAUGGGGAAGGAGAUACAAUGGGGAAGGAGGUACCAUGGGGAAGGAGGUACCAUGGGGAAGGAGGUACCAUGGGGAAGGAGGUACCAUGGGGAAGGAGGUACCAUGGGGAAGGAGGUACCAUGGGGAAGGAGAUACCAUGGGGAAGGAGAUACCAUGGGGAAGGAGGUACCAUGGGGAAGGAGAUACCAUGGGGAAGGAGGUACCAUGGGGAAGGAGGUACCAUGGGGAAGGAGGUACCAUGGGGAAGGAGAUACCAUGGGGAAGGAGAUACCAUGGGGAAGGAGAUACCAUGGGGAAGGAGAUACCAUGGGGAAGGAGGUACCAUGGGGAAGGAGGUACCAUGGGGAAGGAGGUACCAUGGGGAAGGAGGUACCAUGGGGAAGGAGGUACCAUGGGGAAGGAGGUACCAUGGGGAAGGAGAUACCAUGGGGAAGGAGAUACCAUGGGGAAGGAGGUACCAUGGGGAAGGAGGUACCAUGGGGAAGGAGAUACCAUGGGGAAGGAGCUACCAUGGGGAAGGGGGUACCAUGGGGAAGGGGGUACCAUGGGGAAGGAGGUACCAUGGGGAAGGAGGUACCAUGGGGAAGGAGGUACCAUGGGGAAGGAGGUACCAUGGGGAAGGAGGUACCAUGGGGAAGGAGGUACCAUGGGGAAGGAGAUACCAUGGGGAAGGAGGUACCAUGGGGAAGGAGAUACCAUGGGGAAGGAGGUACCAUGGGGAAGGAGGUACCAUGGGGAAGGAGGUACCAUGGGGAAGGAGAUACCAUGGGGAAGGAGAUACCAUGGGGAAGGAGGUACCAUGGGGAAGGAGGUACCAUGGGAAAGGAGAUACCAUGGUGAAGGAGGUACCAUGGGGAAGGAGGUACCAUGGGGAAGGAGGUACCAUGGGGAAGGAGGUACGAUGGGGAAGGAGAUACCAUGGGGAAGGAGGUACCAUGGGGAAGGAGGUACAAUGGGGAAGGAGGUACCAUGGGGAAGGAGGUACCAUGGGGAAGGAGAUACCAUGGGGAAGAAGAUACCAUGGGGAAGGAGGUACCAUGGGGAAGGAGAUACCAUGGGGAAGGAGGUACCAUGGGGAAGGAGGUAUCAUGGGGAAGGAGGUACCAUGGGGAAGGAGGUACCAUGGGGGAAGGAGAUACCAUGGGGAAGGAGCUACCAUGGGGAAGGGGGUACCAUGGGGAAGGGGGUACCAUGGGGAAGGAGGUACCAUGGGGAAGGAGGUACCAUGGGGAAGGAGGUACCAUGGGGAAGGAGGUACCAUGGGGAAGGAGAUACCAUGGGGAAGGAGAUACCAUGGGGAAGGAGGUACCAUGGGGAAGGAGAUACCAUGGGGAAGGAGGUACCAUGGGGAAGGAGGUACCAUGGGGAAGGAGGUACCAUGGGGAAGGAGAUACCAUGGGGAAGGAGAUACCAUGGGGAAGGAGGUACCAUGGGGAAGGAGGUACCAUGGGAAAGGAGAUACCAUGGUGAAGGAGGUACCAUGGGGAAGGAGAUACCAUGAGGAAGGAGGAGGUACCAUGGGGAAGGAGGUACCAUGGGGAAGGAGAUACCAUGGGGAAGAAGAUACCAUGGGGAAGGAGGUACCAUGGGGAAGGAGGUACCAUGGGGAAGGAGGUACGAUGGGGAAGGAGAUACCAUGGGGAAGGAGGUACCAUGGGGAAGGAGGUACCAUGGGGAAGGAGGUACCAUGGGGAAGGAGGUACCAUGGGGAAGGAGAUACCAUGGGGAAGAAGAUACCAUGGGGAAGGAGGUACCAUGGGGAAGGAGAUACCAUGGGAAAGGAGGUACCAUGGGGAAGGAGGUACCAUGGGGAAGGAGGUACAAUGGGGAAGGAGAUACCAUGGGAAAGGAGAUACCAUGGGGAAGGAGGUACCAUGGGGAAGGAGGUACCAUGGGAAAGGAGAUACCAUGGGGAAGGAGGUACCAUGGGGAAGGAGGUACCAUGGGGAAGGAGGUACCAUGGGGAAGGAGGUACCAUGGGGAAGGAGAUACCAUGGGAAAGGAGAUACCAUGGGGAAGGAGGUACCAUGGGGAAGGAGGUACCAUGGGGAAGGAGGUACCAUGGGGAAGGAGGUACCAUGGGGAAGGAGAUACCAUGGGGAAGGAGAUACCAUGGGGAAGGAGGUACCAUGGGGAAGGAGAUACCAUGGGGAAGGAGGUACCAUGGGGAAGGAGGUACCAUGGGGAAGGAGGUACCAUGGGGAAGGAGAUACCAUGGGGAAGGAGAUACCAUGGGGAAGGAGGUACCAUGGGGAAGGAGGUACCAUGGGAAAGGAGAUACCAUGGUGAAGGAGGUACCAUGGGGAAGGAGGUACCAUGGGGAAGGAGGUACCAUGGGGAAGGAGGUACGAUGGGGAAGGAGAUACCAUGGGGAAGGAGGUACCAUGGGGAAGGAGGUACAAUGGGGAAGGAGGUACCAUGGGGAAGGAGGUACCAUGGGGAAGGAGAUACCAUGGGGAAGAAGAUACCAUGGGGAAGGAGGUACCAUGGGGAAGGAGAUACCAUGGGGAAGGAGGUACCAUGGGGAAGGAGGUAUCAUGGGGAAGGAGGUACCAUGGGGAAGGAGGUACCAUGGGGAAGGAGAUACCAUGGGGAAGGAGCUACCAUGGGGAAGGGGGUACCAUGGGGAAGGGGGUACCAUGGGGAAGGAGGUACCAUGGGGAAGGAGGUACCAUGGGGAAGGAGGUACCAUGGGGAAGGAGGUACCAUGGGGAAGGAGGUACCAUGGGGAAGGAGGUACCAAGGGGAAGGAGAUACCAUGGGGAAGGAGAUACCAUGGGGAAGGAGGUACCAUGGGGAAGGAGAUACCAUGGGGAAGGAGGUACCAUGGGGAAGGACGUACCAUGGGGAAGGAGGAACCAUGGGGAAGGAGAUACCAUGGGGAAGGAGAUACCAUGGGGAAGGAGGUACCAUGGGGAAGGAGGUACCAUGGGAAAGGAGAUACCAUGGUGAAGGAGGUACCAUGGGGAAGGAGAUACCAUGAGGAAGAAGGUACGAUGGGGAAGGAGAUACCAUGGGGAAGGAGGUACCAUGGGGAAGGAGGUACCAUGGGGAAGGAGGUACCAUGGGGAAGGAGGUACCAUGGGGAAGGAGAUACCAUGGGGAAGAAGAUACCAUGGGGAAGGAGGUACCAUGGGGAAGGAGGUACCAUGGGGAAGGAGGUACCAUGGGGAAGGAGGUACGAUGGGGAAGGAGAUACCAUGGGGAAGGAGGUACCAUGGGGAAGGAGGUACCAUGGGGAAGGAGGUACCAUGGGGAAGGAGGUACCAUGGGGAAGGAGAUACCAUGGGGAAGAAGAUACCAUGGGGAAGGAGGUACCAUGGGGAAGGAGAUACCAUGGGGAAGGAGGUACCAUGGGGAAGGAGGUACCAUGGGGAAGGAGGUACCAUAAGGAAGGAGAUACCAUGGGGAAGGAGAUACCAUGGGGAAGGAGGUACCAUGGGGAAGGAGGUACCAUGGGGAAGGAGGUACCAUGGGGAAGGAGAUACCAUGGGGAAGGAGCUACCAUGGGGAAGGGGGUACCAUGGGAAGGGGGUACCAUGGGGAAGGAGGUACCAUGGGGAAGGAGGUACCAUGGGGAAGGAGGUACCAUGGGGAAGGAGGUACCAUGGGGAAGGAGGUACCAUGGGGAAGGAGGUACCAUGGGGAAGGAGAUACCAUGGGGAAGGAGAUACCAUGGGGAAGGAGGUACCAUGGGGAAGGAGAUACCAUGGGGAAGGAGGUACCAUGGGGAAGGAGGUACCAUGGGGAAGGAGGUACCAUGGGGAAGGAGAUACCAUGGGGAAGGAGAUACCAUGGGGAAGGAGGUACCAUGGGGAAGGAGGUACCAUGGGAAAGGAGAUACCAUGGUGAAGGAGGUACCAUGGGGAAGGAGAUACCAUGAGGAAGGAGGUACGAUGGGGAAGGAGAUACCAUGGGGAAGGAGGUACCAUGGGGAAGGAGGUACCAUGGGGAAGGAGGUACCAUGGGGAAGGAGGUACCAUGGGGAAGGAGAUACCAUGGGGAAGAAGAUACCAUGGGGAAGGAGGUACCAUGGGGAAGGAGGUACCAUGGGGAAGGAGGUACGAUGGGGAAGGAGAUACCAUGGGGAAGGAGGUACCAUGGGGAUGGAGGUACCAUGGGGAAGGAGGUACCAUGGGGAAGGAGGUACCAUGGGGAAGGAGAUACCAUGGGGAAGAAGAUACCAUGGGGAAGGAGGUACCAUGGGGAAGGAGAUACCAUGGGAAAGGAGGUACCAUGGGGAAGGAGGUACCAUGGGGAAGGAGGUACAAUGGGGAAGGAGAUACCAUGGGAAAGGAGAUACCAUGGGGAAGGAGGUACCAUGGGGAAGGAGGUACCAUGGGAAAGGAGAUACCAUGGGGAAGGAGGUACCAUGGGGAAGGAGGUACCAUGGGGAAGGAGGUACCAUGGGGAAGGAGGUAUCAUGGGGAAGGAGGUACCAUGGGGAAGGAGGUACCAUGGGGAAGGAGGUACCAUGGGGAAGGAGAUACCAUGGGGAAGGAGGUACCAUGGGGAAGGAGAUACCAUGGGGAAGGAGAUACCAUGGGGAAGGAGGUACCAUGGGGAAGGAGGUACCAUGGGGAAGGAGGUACCAUGGGGAAGGAGGUACCAUGGGGAAGGAGGUACCAUGGGGAAGGAGAUACCAUGGGGAAGGAGGUACCAUGGGGAAGGAGGUACCAUGGGGAAGGAGGUACCAUGGGGAAGGAGGUACCAUGGGGAAGGAGGUAUCAUGGGGAAGGAGGUACCAUGGGGAAGGAGGUACCAUGGGGAAGGAGGUACCAUGGGGAAGGAGGUACCAUGGGGAAGGAGGUACCAUGGGGAAGGAGGUACCAUGGGGAAGGAGAUACCAUGGGGAAGGAGGUACCAUGGGGAAGGAGAUACCAUGGGGAAGGAGAUACCAUAAGGAAGGAGAUACCAUGGGGAAGGAGGUACCAUGGGGAAGGAGGUACCAUGGGGAAGGAGGUACCAUGGGGAAAGGGAUACCAUGGGGAAUGAGGUACCAUGGGGAAGGAGGUACCAUGGGGAAGGAGGUACCAUGGGGAUGGAGGUACCAUGGGGAAGGAUUUACCAUGGGGAAGGAGGUACCAUGGGGAAGGAGGUACCAUGGGGAAGGAGGUACCAUGGGGAAGGAGGUACCAUGGGGAAGGAGGUACCAUGGGGAAGGAGGUAUCAUGGGGAAGGAGGUACCAUGGGGAAGGAGGUACCAUGGGGAAGGAGGUACCAUGGGGAAGGAGGUACCAUGGGGAAGGAGGUACCAUGGGGAAGGAGGUACCAUGGGGAAGGAGGUACCAUGGGGAAGGAGGUAUCAUGGGGAAGGAGGUACCAUGGGGAAGGAGGUACCAUGGGGAAGGAGGUACCAUGGGGAAGGAGGUACCAUGGGGAAGGAGGUACAAUGGGGAAGGAGAUACCAUGGGAAAGGAGAUACCAUGGGGAAGGAGGUACCAUGGGGAAGGAGGUACCAUGGGAAAGGAGAUACCAUGGGGAAGGAGGUACCAUGGGGAAGGAGGUACCAUGGGGAAGGAGGUACCAUGGGGAAGGAGGUACCAUGGGGAAGGAGGUACCAUGGGGAAGGAGGUACCAUGGGGAAGGAGGUACCAUGGGGAAGGAGGUACCAUGGGGAAGGAGGUACCAUGGGGAAGGAGGUACCAUGGGGAAGGAGGUACCAUGGGGAAGGAGGUACCAUGGGGAAGGAGGUACCAUGGGGAAGGAGGUACCAUGGGGAAGGAGAUACCAUGGGGAAGGAGAUACCAUGGGGAAGGAGGUACCAUGGGGAAGGGGGUACCAUGGGGAAGGGGGUACCAUGGGGAAGGAGGUACCAUGGGGAAGGAGGUACCAGGUACCAUGGGGAAGGAGAUACCAUGGGGAAGGAGGUACCAUGGGGAAGGAGGUACCAUGGGGAAGGAGAUACCAUGGGGAAGGAGAUACCAUGGGGAAGGAGGUACCAUGGGGAUGGAGAUACGAUGGGGAAGGAGAUACCAUGGGGAAGGAGGUACCAUGAGGAAGGAGAUACCAUGGGGAAGGAGGUACCAUGGGGAAGGAGGUACCAUGGGGAAGGAGGUACCAUGGGGAAGGAGGUACCAUGGGGAAGGAGAUACCAUGGGGAAGGAGAUACCAUGGGGAAGGAGGUACCAUGGGGAUGGAGAUACGAUGGGGAAGGAGAUACCAUGGGGAAGGAGGAGGUACCAUGGGGUAGGAGGUACCGUGGGGAAGGAGAUACCAUGGGGAAGGAGAUACCAUGGGGAAGGAGAUACCAUGGGGAAGGAGGUACCAUGAGGAAGGAGAUACCAUGGGGAAGGAGGUACCAUGGGGAAGGAGGUACCAUGGGGAAGGAGGUACCAUGGGGUAGGAGGUACCAUGGGGAAGGAGAGAGGUACCGUGGGGAAGGAGAUACCAUGGGGAAGGAGAUACCAUGGGGAAGGAGAUACCAUGGGGAAGGAGGUACCAUGGGGAAGGAGAUACCAUGGGGAAGGAGGUACCAUGGGGAAGGAGGUACCAUGGGGAAGGAGAUACCAUGGGGAAGGAGGUACCAUGGGGAAGGAGAUACCAUGGGGAAGGAGAUACCAUGGGGUAGGAGGUACCAUGGGGAAGGAGGUACCAUGGGGAAGGAGGUACCAUGGGGAAGGAGGUACCAUGGGGAAGGAGGUACCAUGGGGAAGGAGGUAUCAUGGGGAAGGAGGUACCAUGGGGAAGGAGGUACCAUGGGGAAGGAGGUACCAUGGGGAAGGAGGUACCAUGGGGAAGGAGGUACCAUGGGGAAGGAGGUACCAUGGGGAAGGAGAUACCAUGGGGAAGGAGGUACCAUGGGGAAGGAGAUACCAUGGGGAAGGAGAUACCAUAAGGAAGGAGAUACCAUGGGGAAGGAGGUACCAUGGGGAAGGAGGUACCAUGGGGAAGGAGGUACCAUGGGGAAAGGGAUACCAUGGGGAAUGAGGUACCAUGGGGAAGGAGGUACCAUGGGGAAGGAGGUACCAUGGGGAUGGAGGUACCAUGGGGAAGGAUUUACCAUGGGGAAGGAGGUACCAUGGGGAAGGAGGUACCAUGGGGAAGGAGGUACCAUGGGGAAGGAGGUACCAUGGGGAAGGAGGUACCAUGGGGAAGGAGGUACCAUGGGGAAGGAGGUACCAUGGGGAAGGAGGUACCAUGGGGAAGGAGGUAUCAUGGGGAAGGAGGUACCAUGGGGAAGGAGGUACCAUGGGGAAGGAGGUACCAUGGGGAAGGAGGUACCAUGGGGAAGGAGGUACCAUGGGGAAGGAGGUACCAUGGGGAAGGAGGUACCAUGGGGAAGGAGGUAUCAUGGGGAAGGAGGUACCAUGGGGAAGGAGGUACCAUGGGGAAGGAGGUACCAUGGGGAAGGAGAUACCAUGGGGAAGGAGGUACCAUGGGGAAGGAGAUACCAUGGGGAAGGAGAUACCAUGGGGAAGGAGGUACCAUGGGGAAGGAGGUACCAUGGGGAAGGAGGUACCAUGGGGAAAGGGAUACCAUGGGGAAUGAGGUACCAUGGGGAAGGAGGUACCAUGGGGAAGGAGGUACCAUGUGGAUGGAGGUACCAUGGGGAAGGAUUUACCAUGGGGAAUGAGGUACCAUGGGGAAGGAGGUACCAUGGGGAAGGAGGUACCAUGGGGAAGGAGAUACCAUGGGGAAGGAGGUACCAUGGGGAAGGAGGUACCAUGGGGAAGGAGGUACCAUGGGGAAGGAGGUACCAUGGGGAAGGAGGUAUCAUGGGGAAGGAGGUACCAUGGGGAAGGAGGUACCAUGGGGAAGGAGGUACCAUGGGGAAGGAGGUACCAUGGGGAAGGAGGUACCAUGGGGAAGGAGGUACCAUGGGGAAGGAGAUACCAUGGGGAAGGAGGUACCAUGGGGAAGGAGAUACCAUGGGGAAGGAGAUACCAUAA